UGACCAACAAUAGCUGUUAAGCAUAUAGCAGCGUCACUACUUCUCUAGCUCUACGCGCUUCCAAGUUCCAAUAUUAGAACACCGUGCGUGUUGAAGACGACGAGUCGACGACAGCCGGAGUUUCAUCCUCGUGAGGAACACGAGGUGGCUCGGUAUGGGGAGCUCGAGGACGACGACGUCCUGGUGCAGCCACUGCGGCAUGGGCCUCGCCACGCCGCCCGGCUCCGGCUCCAGCGUUCUGUGCGCGUUCUGCCACCGGCUGAUGCGCAUCGAGCGACACCGCGGCGUGGGCGACGGCGCCGUGACGAUGGCGCUCGCGGUAACCUCGCCUCCGUUGGCGCCGCUGCUCUCCGUGAAGCGUGGGUUUCCGGCGGGCUACCCCAACAUAUGCGGCAAGAAGCGCGCGCUCCUCGUCGGCGUCAGCUACAUGGGCACCCCGCACGAGCUCAAGGGCACGGUCAACGAUGUCACGGAGAUGCGGCGCCUCCUCGUCGACAAGUUCGGGUUCCCGAGCGGCUGCAUCCUCGAGCUCACCGAGAAGGAGGGCUACCCGAGUAGGGUGCCGACGCGGGAGAACCUGCUCCUGGCGAUGCGGUGGCUGACGGAGGGGUGCGCCCCCGGCGACUCGCUGGUGUUCCAGUUCGCCGGCCAUGGCGUGCAGCACGUGGACCUGAACGACGGCGAGGUGGACGGGUACAACGAGGCGCUGUGCCCGGUCGACUUCGAGCAGAGCGGCAACAUCCUGGACGACGAGAUUAACGAGACCAUCGUCCGGCCGCUGGGCAGGGGCGUGAAGCUGCACGCCGUCAUGGACACCUGCCACAGCGGCACCGUCCUCGACCUCCCCUUCCUAUGCCGCCUGUCCAGGACGGGGUACUGGCAGUGGGAGAAUCACUACCCUGGUGGGAACGGGAAGCGCCCCGACGGAGGCCUGGUCAUCUCCAUCAGCGGCUGCCGGGACGACCAGAAGUCCGCUGACACCAGCGGAUUUCCUGAAUCGGCAUCGAUCGGCGUCGGCGCCAUGAUGGACAGCUUCAUCCAGGCCGUGGAGGCCGAGCCUGGGACGACGUACGGGCGCCUGCUGAGCGCUAUGAGGGCGAGGAUCCGCGACGGCCAUGGCAGCCGCCGCCUCCCGGGAAUGCUCGGCUCGUACGUGCGCAGGAUGACCGCGUCCAGCGGCGUUCAGGAGCCCCAGCUGUGUUCUUCGGAGAUUUUUGACAUCUACCGGAAGCCAUUCCUCCUCUGAUUUGCUGGCCGGCUGCUAAGCUAUUUCGAAACAUGAUUCGAAUGUUACUGUGGUAUAUGCAGGUCGAUUAGCCUGAUGUUGCCUUGAGUCCAAACCAGUGCAUCUCUGGCAUGUGAACAUGGUAGAUGUCUUGUAAUGGUAUAUGUCGAGUUCAAGUAUAUGGUAACAACUUCCGUAUUCCAUGUUAGUAAAAAUAGAGAUGCUACUUUCCGAUCGCA